GCAGGCCUCGUACGACAUUCCUGCGACGAGCGAGCGGCACUGUGGUUGUAACCCGCGCUUACCAUUCGGCGUGCGCACACAUCAUAGCAACACAUACAAAUACAUAUCGGAGAAGACUUUCAAAUCGGUUAUUAUUUUUUUUUUCAUUAGCAAUAGCGUUUCUGACCGUGUACAUAUUGUGCCCCGUGUAAGGUCACGGCAGGCCCAAUUGUGCGAUUCCGCGUACGCGAAUUUUCGCAGUGCUCAGCCGGAAGACAAGAGUACGAGUGAUUUUUUAAAGCAAACUUUCUUAAUAUCGACACCGAGGAUGCGGGCCGUCGUCCUGUGCGCAGCCCUGUUCAUCGCACCCCUUUACGCGCUUACGCUCAAGAGCAGUGGACCUGAUGGACCAGCGCCAGUCCACUUUGAACCACAGGUGGCCGUUCUUUGUGACUCAAAAUCAGAUGCACCAUAUUAUAGCCAAUACAUGUCAGAAAAUGGUCGAUGGACGUCUGACACAAAACGUAAAGUUGGAUGCUUGAAGGAAAAAGUUGAUAUUUUGGAUUAUUGUAAAAAAGUUUAUCCGAAGAAUGACAUCACAAAUAUAGUUGAAUCAAGCCAUUAUGUGAAGAUUGGUAACUGGUGUAAAAUGGGAUACAAUAAAUGCAAGCAUACGGAUUGGGUGAAACCGUACAGAUGUCUUGAAGGACAAUUUCAAAGUGAUGCGCUUUUAGUUCCCGAGAAUUGUAUAUUCGAUCAUGUUCAUAAUCAGAGUAAAUGCUGGCCGUUUGACCGUUGGAAUCAAACAGCUGCACAAGCUUGCCAAGAUCGUGACCAUAAUUUAAGAAGUUUUGCCAUGUUACUACCAUGUGGAAUUUCCUUAUUUUCUGGCGUCGAGUUUGUGUGCUGUCCAUUUAAAGAUAAAAUUCAAUUGAAGAAAACUGUAACAACUGCAGCUGAUAGUCUUUUAUCAUCUGAUCAGUUUGAUGUGGAAGAAGACAUCGAUGAUGAUGAUGACGAUGAUGACGAUGACGAUGACAUAAAUGAUGAGGAAGACGACGAUGACGAUUAUGAUCAUUAUGAUGAUACACCGAUUCGUACACCUUCGACUACGACGACAACCACCACAACCACAGAACCUCCAACUACUAGGAAAAUAUCAACAACUACAACUAUUACAACUUCAGAAUCAUCUUCCACUGAAAGUUCACGCACUACGCCUUCUGGGCCAGUAAGGAACUUACCUACGCCAGAUACCUACUUUACACAUUUUGAUCCUAGAGACGAGCAUAAGUCAUACAAAGAAGCUUUGAACCGAUUAGAAGAACUUCACCGCGAAAAGGUAACAAAAGUAAUGAAAGACUGGUCAGAUCUUGAAGAACGUUAUCAAGAAAUGCGAUCCAAAGAUCCACAUAUGGCUGAAGAAUUUAAACAACGUAUGACUUUAAGAUUCCAACAAACUGUUCAAUCAUUGGAAGAGGAAGGAUCAGCAGAAAAACAUCAAUUGUUUGCUAUGCAUCAACAAAGAGUAAAUGCUCACAUUAAUCAGCGAAAGAAAGAUGCCAUGAAUUGUUAUAUACACGCUCUUAAUGAAAAUACACCAAACACGCAUAAAGUACAAAAGUGUCUACAAAAACUUCUGAGAUCUUUGCAUAAAGAUCGUCAUCAUACUAUAGCUCAUUACCGACAUUUAUUGGCGUCUAGCGUAGAGUUAGCCGAACGUGAAAAGUCCAUAACUUUAGAACACUUAGUUGACAUUGAUCAUAUGGUUAACCAGUCAUUGCAAAUGCUUGAUAGAUAUCCAUCACUUUCUCGUAAGAUAUCUCAAUUAAUGUCUGAUUAUAUUCAAGCACUUAGAAGCAAAGAUGAUACUCCUGGAUCUUUAUUAACAAUGACAAGAGAUGCUGAAGCAAGCAUAUUAGAUAAAUACAAGUCCGACAUAUCCCAAGAUGAUAAAGAUCACGAAAGGUAUUCAGCAGAGAAAGACCACAAAGAACCUAAGCGUGAACAAGUAGAGUCUAAGGAGGCUAAAUUAGAAGUUGAAACCGCAGCUGAAUUUGAUGCUAAUGAAAACAUAACUCCUCAACGACCGAUAACUCAAACUCCACAACCAACAGCUGCAAAACCCGAACAAAUAGCAGCUGUUCAACAUCAUGAUCAUGACUCAGAACCUAAGAUUUCACAUGCUCAAGUUCAUGAUAUGAGUCUCGGAGAACCGUCAUUCUCAAUUCGAAGAGAAGGAUUCCAUCGAGAAUCUCGAAGUGUGUAUUUGACAUUGGCAUUUGCUGGACUUUCAUUAAUGGCCGCAAUUUGUGUUGGAGUAGCGGUUAUACGCCGACGAAACGCUAAAUCACCACAAAAUCAAGGUUUUAUUGAAGUUGAUCAAGGUACAUCACAAGAAGAACGUCAUGUAGCCAAUAUGCAGAUUAACGGAUAUGAAAAUCCUACUUACAAAUAUUUUGAAGUUAAAGAACAAUAAGUAAGCGGAACGUAAUAACAUCCUUAGUAGAGAGAUACGUACUUAAGGAGGCGACUUUAACCACCCAGCAAAGUUUUUAAUUAUAUAAUAAAAUAAUACAUAAAUUAUAAAAAAGUGAAUGUGCAUGAUGCUAUUAUAUAUAUGUACACAUUUAUAUAUAAAUAAAUAUACAUAGGUACAAUCAAAUAUAAUACUAUAGAUCAUAUUGAUUACAAAAUAAACUUCUUAUAGUCUAGCUGUAGUUUAAAAAGUCUCAUAAAUAUAAAAUCAAUAUUGUCGCAAAUCCAUCUGCUAUUAACACAUAUCCAUUAUUCACUUAAAAAUUCGAACAAUUAAUUUGUCAUUCUAGUCAAAACAAGCUUAUUUUUGUUAGUCAUGUUUGACAUUUACAGUACCGCCAAAUCUCAUUAUCGAAUAAAAACGUGUACAUUGUAAUUACCCUCGACUUAUGUUUAGCGCUUUUUUUUUUUUAUUAUAUUAUAAGAAAUAAAAUGUAUUAAGUUAGCCGUAUUAUAAGUAAGAUUAUUAAUUUAUAAAAAAAUAUGUAAAACGAUGAAGUGAGUAAAAUAAAAUCAUAACUGAACAUCAUUAUAUUAUGUUAUAGUAACAUGAAAUUAAUUAAAUCAAUUUUACCAUUUUUGUUUAUAAACAUUAUGCCACAUAAAGUCAAAAACAUUUUAUAAAAAUGACAAUAAAUUAGCAAAAUAGUAAACCUUAUUUUAAAGAACAUCUUAACACUCAUAAUAAGAAAAAAAAGAAAACAAUUGUCAUAAGCUAUAAUUUUUACUCACUUUCUUCUGGUGUAUUGUACAUCAUGCUUGUUAUUAUCUUUUUAGUUAGUUUAUAGUUAUUUUAUUUAACAUUUUUAACAUUUUUUUUAUUGUUAAAACACUACCUAUUAGAACAAAUAAGAUUAUUCCUAUGAGUUACUUUAUUUUUUAUCAUCACUCUAUAACAUAUACCUAUCAAAAAUUAUAAAUAAUUAUAGGUAGGAUUAUGUAUAACUUAAGCUAGACAAAUACUAUAAUAAUAGUAAUAAUUAUAUUAUAAUUUAUACUAUUUUUUUGUAAAGUUAAGAAUAAAAUGGAUAAAAAAUAUGUUUUUGAAUAUUAUAUUAUAACUUAUUAUAUUAACAAUAAGUGUUUUUCCAAAAUGUUAUCAUUACCUACAAAUAAUGUAUGAAUAACUAAUUUAUUUAUAAUAAUAAAAUUGUAUACAUUAAAUGAAAUGGUUGACUGUAA